CGCCACGCAGGAGCGACACGGAGCCCAUCCCCGCCUCGUUCACAGCCCAGCAGCCCAGCGUGGGACCCUUCACACUGUCCGGGCGGCCCUGCCGGGAAUCUGAUUUGUUUAUGUGAACAUUUAUGACUUCCAAAUAUGCCGUUCACUGUCUGGGAGAGAAGGGGCCAGCCUUAGAAUAAACUUCCCAAGAGUUCACCUCAGAUCCAGAACGUGGACAGGAGCCAAGAAAGACCUGGUGUGGACCCUCUGCUGAUAAUCCCGCUGCUCCUUUUGUUCCUCAACAUCCGGCACUUUAGUCUGUCCCAAUGGAGGCCAGAGGGAAAUAUGAUUUUAAUGCGACGGCAGAUGACGAGCUCAGCUUCAGAAAGGGCGAUAUACUGAAGGUUUUAGCCACACAGGAUGAUUGGUACAAGGCAGAGAUGCAUGGAAAGGAAGGAUACAUACCACAAAACUACGUCGAGUUACACACUCCGAGAUGGUUCCAGGAGAAAGCCAGUCGAGGCUCUGCAGAGGAGCUCCUGAAGAACGAAGGUGUGGGAGGCUUUCUGAUCCGAGGCAGUCAGAGCUCCCCUGGAGACUUGUCCAUCUCUGUCAAACACGAGAGCGACGUACAACACUUCAAAGUGAUGCGGGACGCCAACGGCCAGUACUACCUGUGGGCCGACAAGUUCAGCUCCCUCAACAAGCUGGUGGACUUCUACAAGACCACCUCCAUCUCCAAGCAGAGGGAGAUCUACCUCAACGACGGCACCCUGGACAGCAAAAGCCCCUCCACCGCCGUGCCGCUGAAGAGAGGGAGUCUGCCUGAACAGCGCGGCUACGCCAACACGACGGCGGCUGCAGCUGCACCGCGCCGGGCGUCGGACCAGCCUCACACACAGCUGAUUAAGAGAGUUGGUCUAGAAGAGCGGGCCCACACCAUCGGCCAUACAGGAAGAAGCAGCCCUGUCAGCUCUUCUCCUGUUCCCCGUCGAACAGCAGACACCAUGCCUCUCCCUCAGAGGCCAGCCGCCAUGCAAGUGCAGGCGAUGUACGACUUCACAGCAGAGGAAGACGACGAGCUCGGUUUCUGCGCCGGCGAGAUCAUCGAGGUGCUGGAUCGCUCCGACGCAUCGUGGUGGAAAGGGAGGCUGCGGGGCAGGAGUGGGCUGUUCCCCGCCAACUACACGUCACAGCUGUGAGAAACUCCCCCGGGCGAUGCACUUACAAUACUGCACCCACACACUGGAAAACUUGCUCCUCAGGUGCACGGGGCUGUGAGUGUGUGUGUGUGUGUGUGUGUGUGUUUUUUUUUUUUUUGGCGACAAACACAAAGACAGCACGUUGGGUGACUAAUGUCGUCUGUGAUGCAGCACGUCAUCAGCGUCAUUCAGACCCCGGUGCCCGAAGGACUGCAGCACAAUUAGAGUUUUAAUUAAAUGUUCAUGUUGGAAAUGUGACUCAGCGCGGUGCCUGUUCACCACUUAUUGAACAUUCAGUACUUUUUUUUUUUUUGUGUGUGUCUAGAAGUAAUGAAGGAGCCGAGACAUGCCCGCUGAAAUCUCCCAUCACUUGCUACAGAUUUUGUUUGUUCACUGAGAAUCCACAUAACAACCAUAACUGGUCCGGCGUUUGGCUGCAGUAUAGCUUGUUUUAAGUGGUGUGUCUGUCACUCGUAUUUAUUUGCUAAUCGCUCAUUUGCCAUUCUGCUGCAAUCACUGAUUGAUGAAUAGAUUGUAAAUCAAUACAGUGGCCUACU